AUGUAUCCAAAUUUAAAAACAUUAGAUUUAGCUCAUAUUUAUUGCAAUCUUAAAGUACAUAAGCCUGAAAUAUCAGUUCGAUCUGUUCUUGCUUCAAUUAAUGCACCAGCUAGACAAAUAUCAAGUUUUCUUGAUGAACUUCUUACUCCAAUUUAUAAUUACGCAGCAAAAGAUAUUACAUUCAUUCUUCAAUGUCAAUCAUUAGAAUAUCUUGAUGUUACUAUUGAAAAUAAUAAUGGACAUUUCAAAACAUCUAUUUAUAAUAAAUCAGCUUGUGAACCUUAUAUUCUACCUUAUGAAUCUGAUCAUUCACGACAUGUUCAUUUGAAUAUAAUUUAUAAUGCAUUACUUCAAGCGGCACAUCUUUGUUCAACUGUAGAAGAUUUUGAUAUGGAACGAUUAAGUACAGAAAUGAUAUUAUUAGUCAAUGGUUAUCCACCGAAAUUUAUACAACAACACAUGAAAAACUUCUUUAUUAAAUAUGAUGCUAUGAAUGUGUGA